AUGGCUCCCAAAAAGCGGGAUGCAACAGGGAUCUGUAGUGGUUACGAACCACUUCAGAAUUUGGUUAUAUUCGUAUCCGCUCCUUCACGCUGGGCCAAACCGAUGGACAAUCCUGAGGCUGAGACAGGGGCACCGCUUGUAAAAAAACCCAGAAAGCUAACAGAAGACCACGAUGUUAUGUGGAACCUUGAAGCAGUGAUAAACUCUGUCCAGCAGGACUGCGAAGCCAUGACCAGCGAAGAUUUUAUGUCUGCGUAUCUGCCGUCACUUUCUCGAUUGUCAAACGAGACGAAUUUAGAUUCAGACAACGAGGUUUCUACACCUGAUUUGGGAAGUGGUGCCACGGAGAGGGACCCUCUAGGCACCAAGAAACGCAAGUAUCAAAAAAGAAAGUCGAACAGUCCGAAAGAGACCUUCAAGCAGGCUGAGGUGACUUCCAAUUCCACUGAGGGCCUGGGAGACGUAGCAUUAGUUGACACGUCUGCUGACACUUUUGAUGCUCCAGCUGGUGUCUGGGUCGAAUGCGUACGUUGUCUAAAAUGGCGUUUCUUGGAGGAUGUCAAGGAUCCCACUGAGCUGAACGAAGCCUGGAACUGCGCGCUGCAAUCGAAAUAUGCAGACAAAGAGGAUUUGGGUGCGGCUUGUGAGGAGCCUGAGACCACAGAAAAUAUCGAUGAGACUCAAUAUGUCUAUGGAGAAUUUGCCACUGGAUCGGUGGUACUGGCUAAAAUGACGGGCUACCCUGAGUGGCCAUCGAUGAUCGAUUGUGAUGCGGAAGGUCGGUUUGCAGAAUUUUGUCCGAAGACAGGAGAAGUGAAAAGUUACCGCGUCGUCUUCCUUGACCCCGAAAACCGAACAACACAACUAAUUCCUGCGAAUAGAGUCCGUCGGUUCAACAACGCGUCUGUGAUUCGUUUGGAGAAACGAUAUGGCAAAUAUAAACGAAAACUUGAAGCGGCCAUACAAGAGGCUACGAAAGCUCUGGAACUCCCAGUUGAGGAACGUGUUUACAUCUACGGGUAUCCUUACGAAAAGGAAAAUGCAUUGCCUUCCACUUUUCGAAGCACAGUGCCUUUAGAGCAUUACCAUGGCUUCCAUGUGGACUUGGAUAUUAUUCGUUCGAGAGAGUAUGCAGUUGUCGCCCAUUCCCUCUGUCUAUAG